AAACACCCGUUGCGUUUUCCUUAUCGUGGACGAGAGCAGUAUGCAUACCGGGAAUUAGAAGCCAGAAAACGCUAAAUUUUCACUUAAAAGAAAAUUUCAAAAGUUAACAAACACAGAGAGAAAUGACAGAGCCACGCAGUCCGGUUACGGCCUCCAUCCCCCAGACAGGCCAGACGCCUGCGGACGCCAGCUCCCCAGCUGUGGAGAUGGACCCCGUGGAGUAUACCCUCCGUAAACGCCUCCCCCGAAAACUCCCCAAGCGGCGGAACGAUGUCUACGUCAACAUGAAGACAGAUUUCCGGGCCCAGCUGGCACGCUGCCAGAAGCUGUUGGAAGGCGGAGGUCACCGGGAGAUCUGCGUCCACGGCUUGGGCCUGGCCAUCAACAGGGCCAUCAACAUUGCCCUGCAGCUCCAGGCCAGCAGCCAGGGGGCGCUACAGCUGGCAGCCAACACCUCCACGGUGGAGCUGGUGGAUGAUCUGGAGCCCGAAGAUCCGGAAGAGGCCGGGGAGCCCAUGACGCGCACACGCAACAACUCAGCCAUUCACAUCAAGGUCUUUUACCCUGACUCAUAGAGAACCUGGCUGGAGAAAGGAGAAAAGGCUCUGUGAUAUAUGUGAGGGCAGACAUAGGCAGCCAUGUGCUGUGGGAUGACAGGAGUAUACAGGUUUUCCACCCAUUUAAUCGCUACACCAUGAUUUCAUUGAUUGUCAUGUCCUCUUUGAAUGAAGGUCUUAAACGGUGAAAUCACCUGGCAUAGGUACUGGUUGGAAAGAAAACCUGUAUACUUCUGGCAGCUCAUGGCACAUAGUUGCCUAUGCCUUUGUACUGGUUUUCCCCAGUCAUUGUUCAGGUUUUUUUCCCCCCAUUACUAACCAACACACAAUUUACCUCAUUGCAAAGGUGAGAUUUUUUUUAGGAAAUGUGACCUAUGAGGAAUCUGAUGACUGCCCUCUUUGUGACAGUAGUAGCUAAGGACAUAAAGACAUGUUGGCUGUAGAUGUCUCUGAACUGUGUGGGAAUGCCAUGGACUCCAAAGUUGUCUGAAUGUUUUCUUAGUUUUGUUACCCGUUUGUCAUUUGUAAAUUGCCAGUAUCGAGCUAAUUUAUCUUUCCUUUGCUGUCCUUACCUUCAGAGUUGUCCUGUGAUUGCAUAGAUACUACUGUUUGAUGAGUUGUUUUUUUUAUUUUGGAAAAUUGAAGCUUAUGCUUUUGGAAUAUAUCAAUAGUCAACAUCAUUUGACUGGUCAUACUAAAGCGAUCUCCUGAACCGAUACUUGUGGACUUGGCUGUGCCAAAUUUGAUUUCAUAUCAUUUUAAUUUCUAAGACUUAAGAGAUUGUUUAGUAUUUUCUGUCUUGGUGUUGGAAAAAAGUGGAAUGAAAUGUUUACAUGUCAUAUAAAUAAAUUGAGAAACUGAAAAGAAAAAAAAAUCCAAGUAGGCCUU